UUAGAUAUUAAUAACGAGAUUCUAUGAUAUCCUCUUGUUCAUAGAAAGAUUGGAAGCAUGUAUUAAUAGGCUUGGAGAAGCCAUGUCACUCAAUCGAGUAGCAGCCAAUUAAGGCACAUAAGGCAUGGGGAGGUGGUGCAGGAGGGAGAGGGCAAGAAAGAAGCCUGUUUCACAAAUGGUCAGAUACAGUGGGAUAUUUCAGUGAAAGGUCUCUAUUCACCUGGUGAAGCAUGAACAUGCAAUAAGCUCAGAUUAGUUGCUGUGUGGUAACGAACAUGUUGCUGUCGAGCUGAUCUCUCUGUCGACUCUUUGCUGAACACCGCGACUGGUUCAUGCAUUUUGUUUCUGCUUGUUCUGAUUGGAAAUUAUCCCGAGGCGUGGGGUUUCGAGCGGCAUGGGGUUUCCGACGAGGAGCUUCUUUCCAAGUGGAGGUGGUCGACCGCAGACCGGUUAACUUUUUGAAGGCGAUAAACUGAAGCUUUGCAAAAAAAAAGAAGGCGCGAGAGAUGCAGGAUUACGAUAAAGCCACUGCAUUCCUGGGGGAGUGGGGUUUUUACCAGAAGCAAAUCUUCUUUCUGCUCAGUAUCGGAAUCAUCCCGAAUGGCUACGUGGGCCUGUCGAUGGUGUUCCUGGCCGACACCCCCCAGCACCACUGCCGUCUCCACGACUUCCCCAACGCCACCUUUGAGCAAGCUGCCUCCAUGAACCAAAGUCUACUGCUGCCCUUCAAGGUGGAGGGCGGCAAGCUGGUCUACAGCAGGUGCAGCAGGUUCAAGAGGCAGGAGCAAGAGGGUCUCAACCAGACAACAAGGCAAACGGAGCCAUGUGUGGAUGGCUGGGUGUACAGCAGGGACCGAUACGCCUCCACCAUAGUCAGCGAGUGGAACCUUGUCUGUGAAAACAGCUGGAAGAGACCCUUCACCAUGUCAGUGUUCUUUCUGGGAAUGACAAGUGGCGCCUUUAUUUCUGGCCACAUAUCCGACAGAUACGGCAGGAAAAUCGUUGUCUUUGGCGCAAUGCUGAUACAGACAGCAUUAAGUUUUAUCCAAGUCAUCUCGUGGAGCUGGGAGGUGUUCUGCAUUCUCUGCUUUUUUAUUGGUUUUGCCGAUAUCUCCAAUUAUGUCGCUGCCUUCGUCCUGGGAACGGAACUCCUUGGUAAAGCUGAGAGGAUAGCUUACUCCACACUGGGUGUGUGCAUGUUUUAUGCCGUGGGCUACAUUAUUCUGCCGCUCUUUGCCUAUUAUAUCCGAGCCUGGAGGAUGUUACUCCUUGCGUUGACACUCCCGGAAAUCUUGUACAUUCCCUUUUGGUGGCUUAUACCGGAGUCGCCCAGAUGGCUCAUCACUCAAGGUCAGGUGAAAGAAGCAGAAAAAAUUGUUCAAGGCUUUGCUGCAAAAAACGGCAUAACUCACGUUGGCAUGAUAUUUGAUAUCGCCAAUUCACGAGAUGAUACGCUUCUGAAUUCCUCAGAUAACCAAAAGCAUCCAUAUAGUUUCUUGGAUUUGGUUAAAACUUCAAAUAUACGGAAUGUCACUAUUCUAUGUUUCUUUGUGUGGAUGAUUACAUCCAUUGGGUACUUUGUGCUAACCCUCGGCACUCCCAACAUGUAUGGAGACCUGUAUCUCAACUGCUUAAUCUCCGCCAUCAGCGAGAUAAUAGCCUACACCAUAGCCUGGUGGAUGAUGCACAACUCGCCGCGCCGGCUCGCUACCUCUUCCAUGCUGCUGCUCGGCGGACUCAUACUCCUUGUCAUCCAGUUUAUUCCCCCAACACUUCAUAUUCUGGCUACAGCGUUGGUGAUGAUUGGGAAAACCAGUAUCACGAUAACCUUUGCGAUCAUCUACGUGUUCUCUGCGGAGUUGUACCCGACGGUGGUGAGGAACAUGGGCAUUGGAGUGUGUUCCAUGGCUUCCAGGAUUGGCAGCAUUGUGUCUCCGUACUUUGUCUUCAUCGGAGUGUAUGACCGGAAGCUGCCUUUCAUGCUGAUGGGCACGUUAAUUUUGUUGGCUGGAAGCUUCUGUUUGCUGCUGCCUGAAACACGAGACCAAGUCCUUCCAGAAACCGUGUACCAGGUACACCCAAUUAAAUGCCUCUGCACUUCAACUGUGACGUCUCAUUCUGGACCCAAUGCUCCCAAUGCACCUCCAACGCAAGAUGUCCAAGCGGCCAACAAUGGUGCCUUCUCCUUGCCAACACAAAUGGACCAAACUAUGAGCGUAUGUUAGCGGCCGACCGUCAGGUGAGAAACGCACAUCCCCAGCUCCCCUGCCUUGGCCACCGUCACACCAGCGUGAGCCAAGAUUGAACAGCAUGGUUCUUUGGUCUUAAUAGUUUUGCGAUUCUUUAUCUCGUUGUUUCAUGGUCUGGUAUUAAAUUAUGAUGUAUAUCGUGCUGUACAAAAUCAUGAGAGGAAUAGAUCG